AUGAAAGAGGUUAUGACAGUAGAGUUUGACGAAGGUGCGGGAGCCGUCCUAAGAAUCCAGCCUCUCCGAGCACCUCGAGACGAGAACAUCUACGAAUGUGUGGCAGAGAACAGCGAAGGCGAAAUCAGUGUCCAGGCUAAGCUGUCAAUUAUCAGAGAGGACCUACUUCCUGCUGGCUUCCCCAACAUCGACAUGGGCCCACAGCUGAAGGUGGUGGAGCGCACGCGCACGGCUACCAUGCUUUGCGCCGCGAGCGGUAACCCCGACCCGGAAAUCACCUGGUUCAAAGACUUCCUCCCCAUCGACCCCAGCACAAGUAACGGCCGAAUCAAACAGCUCAGAUCGGAAGCGAUUGAGAGUACUCCCAUCCGAGGUGCUCUGCAGAUAGAAAACACUGAGGAAACCGACCAGGGGAAGUACGAGUGUGUGGCGUCUAAUGUGGAAGGCGUCCGAUACUCUUCCCCUGCCAACCUGUAUGUGCGAGAGCUUCGAGAAGUUCGUCGCGUGCCCCCACGUUUCUCCAUCACGCCCCCCACCAUGCAAGAGAUCAUGCCAGGUGGUAGCAUUAACAUCACUUGCGUCGCCGUUGGCUCGCCCAUGCCCUACGUCAAGUGGAUGCUUAACUCUGAGGACCUGACACCCGAGGACGAGAUGCCAGUGGGCAGGAACGUUCUGGAGUUAAACGACGUCCAUGAGUCGGCCAACUACACCUGCAUGGCCAUGAGCAGCCUGGGCAUCAUCGAGGCUAAUUCCCAGAUCAUUGUUAAAUCCUUGCCAAAACCUCCAGGUACUCCUGUUGUAACCGAAACUACCGCCACCAGUAUCACCAUCACCUGGGACAGUGGCAACCCUGAGCCCGUCUCCCAUUACAUCAUCCAGUAUCGUGCCAAAUCUCCCGAGAGCAAGUUCGAGACCGUGGAAUCCAUCACCACCACUCGCUACAGCAUUGGAGGACUUUCUCCGAACACCGAUUAUGAGAUCCGGGUGUCAGCCUACAACACCAUUGGCCAAGGCCCGCCCAGUGAACCGGUUGAGGCUAGGACUGGAGAGCAAGCUCCCGCCAGCCCACCAUGCAACAUCCAGGCCCGUAUCAUCUCCCAGAACACCAUGAUGGUACGCUGGGAUGAACCCGAGGAGCCCAAUGGACAGAUCAAGGGUUAUCGGGUCUACUACACCAUGGACCCAUCUCAGCCCAUGAGCAUGUGGCACAUCCACAAUGUACAGGACAGCGUGAUCACCACCAUUCAGAGUCUGGUGGCCACUGAGACCUACACCAUCAGAGUGUUAGCCUUCACGUCAGUAGGAGAUGGACCCUUCUCAGAUCCCAUUCACGUCAAAGUGCUUCAAGGAGUCCCUGGACAGCCGACCAACUUCCAGGUUGGUGAGGUGUCAGACACGAGUGUUGAGCUAACAUGGGAACCGGUCUUCGAGAAGGAGGGAAUCAUCAGUUACGAACUGCAUUACAGCGAGGGCAGGCAGGAAUCUCAGGUAAAGAAAACAUUCGGCCCAACCUCUUCCUAUGUGGUGCAGGGUCUACGUGCAAAUACAGAGUACUUCUUCUCUCUGGCUGCCGUCUCCAACAAAGGCAUUGGAGCCUUCACCAACGAAAUAUCCCAAAGGACAUCCCAAGCCAGUAUGUAG